AUGUCACGAGGUCCUGUAAAUACAGGGCUUAGAACUUUCGGAACAACAUUAGGAUUAAACGAUGAAAUAAAGCAUAAAUAUAAACCUAGUGAACUUCAUUUUCCAUCAGUAGCAAAGCGUCUUAAAUGGAAUGAAUUAUUAAUAAUCGAUUGGAUAGAUAUUGAUCCACAUUCGCAAGAAUAUUCUUUUCUUAAAGAACUUGGUGUUCGAGAAGUACCAGAUUUGCAUAAAUUAAUUAAUCGCAUUGAUGAAGAACAUCAAAAUGGAUCAAAAAUAAAAACUGAUUAUCAAUUACCAAAGUCGCUUGUAUUUUUUGCAGAACAUUUUCAAGAACAUUAUUCAAAAUUAUGGAAAAAAUCAAAAAUUAAAAAGCCUUUUCUUCCAUCAUCUAUUCCUGAUGUUAAUCAUUCAACAGAAGUUGUAUUAAUAACACCUGAAACUGUUUUUAAAGAACCAAGUCCAUUAUUUCCAUCUUUACUUCCUGAUGUAAUUCGAUGUUUUUCGCGAUAUUUUAAUAUUGAUUUACUUGGAGUUAAAAAUCAUCCGUCUUUGUCAAUAGCUUUUGAUGCUUUAAUAGAAAAAAGAAAUCAAUUAUUAACUUUUCAAACAGCUACAAAAUAUUUUACUUAUUUUAAUAAAUUAGAUGGUCUUAAUACAACAUUUAUUCAAAAAAUUUCAAAUAUUCCUUUUAUUCCUCUAUCAGAAACCAAUAUCUAUGUUAAACCAUCUCAAGUAUUUAUUCGUUCAAAAAGUUCAACAAUCGAUAAAAUAUCUCAAGAUAAUAAUAAUAAUAAUAAUACAUUUGAUGAUGUAGCAGCACGUGGUCUUAUUGAUUAUAUAGAUUAUGGUCCUGAAGCUAAUUCAUUUCUUCUUAGUAUAGGAGUGCUUCAUUAUCCAUCAGCAGAAAAUCUUGCUGAUCUACUUAUUGAACGACAACAAACAUAUUUUAAUCAAAAUAAAGAUAAUAAUGAAGAACUUAUAUCAGCUAAAGUACGUUUUUAUACAAAUUGUUUAAAGCAAUUAUCUGCUGUAUCAAAUGUAACACAACAAUUAUAUGUUGAACCAUUACGUAGUCGUUUAAUUAAUAAACCAUGGUGUUUAGCUUAUCAAGCUCUUGAACGAUCUGAUGGAACAAAAUAUCAAAUAUUUAAAAUUGCCAAACCCAGUGAUAUUUAUUUAGAUGAUGAUCAUCAAUCUGCUAUUGAUCUUCGACCAUUGUGUGCACCUGAUGAACCAGAAUUAAUAAAAUUAUAUGAAAAAUUUGGUUCAAAAUGGAUAUCAGAAUGUGUUAAACGAACAUUAGUGCAUAGAGGAAAAUGUAUUAUAACAGAUAGAAGUAAAAAAUUACGUGAUCGAAUUCAUCAUCGUUUAGAUAUGUUAUUUGUUAAUAAUAGAGGAGAAUGUAUGAAAAAUAUUGAUGAAAAACGUAUUGAAUUAUUACGAAAACAAUUCUCUAUUUAUGAAGCUGAAGGAAUUCAAUGUCAAUUAACAUUUCAAAACAGAACUAUAACAUUAAGUUCUACAGAAUGUAGUUCAUGCGCACUUGAAUAUGAAAGAAAUCAAGUAUGUUUAUAUAUUCACAAAGAUAUUCCUACACUUGAUUACAUUGAUAUUGCUACUGAAUUAACACGAUUUGUGUAUAAAAAACCACUUGAUACAUUAGUUCAUUCCAUCAGUGAUAAACUUGCUUCUCCAUUAGAAACACUUAAACGACGUGGAAUUCCUGUCGAUCGAUUACUGAAAAAUCCAGAACAACAACCGAUUAAAUUAUCGUUACAAAUUCCACAAAUAAAAACGGAGGAGAAUAAACAAAUACAAGCAGUACAACAGCAACAACCAGAAGCACAACAAAUUCAACGAUGUCAUCAACAAGAAUCUCAAGAACAAGUUAUUCCUAAACAAAAACAAGCGUUGCAACAGCAAGAACAAACACUUCAAGUUGAAAAACUCCAACAGUAUCAUCAACAAGAAUUUCAAAAGCAACUUAAUAAACAACAAGAACAGUAUCAACAAAAUUUACAAACUCCACGCGGACUUUUUCAAAGUUUAAAAGACUUGUUGGUUCCCAUUCAAUUGCCUUCUUCUUCUUCUUCUUCUCCUGCUCUUCCUAUUCCUUCUCAAAGUCAAUCUGUUGAGAAUAUUUCAAGUACGAUUGAAAGAAAUCGUAUUGAUCAUUUUGGACGAUAUAAAUCUACAGAUGAUGCUGAUAUUGAUAAAAUGAUUCGAACAACACGAUCAUAUUCUCAAAUGGAAUUUAAUCAAACAGAACAUUCUAGAAAUGAAAAUAAUACUUCAUGUGAAUUUGUUCCAGCUGCAAAUAUGAUACGUUAUGAUAAACUUUUUCAUGGCAUUCCUCUUUAUAUUGAUCGUAAUGUAAAAUUAACAAAUAUUUUAAUUGAUCAGGGUAAACAACUUGCUUGGCUAUUAUCUGGUCUUGCAAAACAAGUAUUUAAUAUACCGGUAGAAACAAUGCAUCUCUUUCGUGAUAUUGAGAGUGCUCGUAUUGCUUUCAACAGUAAUGGUGCAUUAUUUUUCAAUCUUCGUUAUUAUGAACAAGUAUUUUUCGAUGAUUUCAAACUAUAUCUUCAAAAUUCUACAUCGUUAUCAUCAUCAACUCCAAUUGUUCGCAAGAUAGUUAAUUUCUAUUUUAUGGUUACUUGUCAUGAAUUAUCACAUAAUAUCGAUUCAAAUCAUGAUUUAAAUUUUAUUAAUCGUUUUGAAAAGGUUUCUGUUCGAUUUAUGGAUGAAAAAGAUGCAUUUUUAUCGAGAUUCUCUUUUCAAGGACUAUAA